AAGGCGUUUGCCCUAGAAAAACCCUAGUUUGACAACCAGACUUAUAUACCUCAAUUCUCUCUUAGCUACAUUCGUCUUCUCCGCCGAGCGCUGCGAAAAUGGGAGCUUAUAAGUACGUGUCUGAGCUAUGGAGGAAGAAGCAGUCCGAUGUGAUGAGGUUUCUGCAAAGAGUAAGAUGUUGGGAAUAUCGCCAGCACCCUUCAAUCGUUCGUGUUACGCAUCCCACUCGCCCGGAUAAGGCACGUCGAUUGGGCUACAAGGCCAAACAGGGCUAUGUGGUAUACCGCGUACGUGUGAGGCGUGGUGGAAGGAAGAGGCCUGUUCCUAAGGGUAUCGUAUAUGGUAAGCCAACAAACCAGGGUGUUACCCAGCUGAAAUUUCAACGCAGUAAGCGUUCAGUUGCUGAGGAGCGUGCUGGGCGUAAGUUGGGUGGUCUUAGGGUCCUCAACUCCUACUGGAUUAAUGAGGAUUCAACCUACAAAUACUUUGAAGUGAUCUUGGUUGACGUUGCCCAUAACGCUAUUCGUAACGAUCCUAGAAUAAACUGGCUCUGCAAUCCUGUACACAAGCACAGGGAACUUCGUGGACUCACAUCUGCUGGGAAGAAGUACAGAGGUCUUCGUGGAAAGGGUCAUCUCAACCACAAGGCAAGACCUUCAAGAAGGGCAACAUGGAAAAGAAACAACACUCUCUCUCUUCGUCGCUACCGUUAAUCUCAGUGACAUCUUCAUUAGAUUCUAUAUCAUCCUUUUGUUUUGCUCAAGUGCUUGGUUGUCGAAAAGAAACUUUAGCUCUUCCAAGUUUUUGUUUAAUUUUACUGUUAGGCAAACUGGUUUUUGGAUUGGUUCUUCAUGUGGACACAUUUUUGGUUCUUUUCUUGAGAAAACUUCGGUUAUUUAUGUUACAAAGGUUUUUUC